CGGACACGCCCACUUUGAGCACAUGGUGCGCGCGGUGGAGGCGCUCGCCGCCGAGCGGGGCUUCUCGCCGGACCAGUGCCACAUCUGGCUCGACCUGCACUCGACCCGCCGAGCAACGAGGCGACCAAGGCGCCGGCGAACGGCGCGAACGCGCCCCUCGCCGCAACCACGACCCACCUUGGGGCGGGCGCGCCCGAAACGCUCCACCUCGACACGGGCCUCCUCUGCAGCCGCGACACAUACCUGAGCCGCGGCUGGUGCCGUCUCGAGCAGUGGGCCUUCAUGCUCGCCAACGGCACCGACUCUAUCUACUUUUGGGGCGACGCCUCGGGCGGGCUGCAGCGCAUCGACAACGUCUCCUCCUGGAUUGAGACGAGCAUCAAGGUCUUCCUCGGUGAGUUCACAAAGGGCGAGGACAAGGAGCUGCUUGUUGACGUCGUGCUCGGCCUCUACGGCCUCGCCUUUGUCUCCAAGCUGCAGCGGGCCGACGGCGCGGCGGAGCGGGGCGGCGGCGCGGGCAUGAAUUGCGACGCGCUGUGGGAGCAGCUGCAGACGCACAAGGCGGCCAUCUUCCCAGCGGAGCUCUUUGGCGACCUCGUGGAGCUGCUCGAGACGGAGCUGGCCGAGGCGAUGGCGCAGGUGAGCGGUGACCAAGACGGCGAGCGCUGGCCGAGGCGGCCGCAACGCCGCACCGAGGGCAAGAGCAGCCGCGUCACCGGCCGCCCUAGCCCGGAUAAGCGUGAGUCGUUCGCGCUCUUUGACCGUCACGGCUUUGACGACGUGCUGCGGGCGAGCGGGAGGCUGUACAAGCGAGCCUGCGAGGCGAGAGGGCGGAGCACUUUCCAUUGCCCGCGGGGCAACCCUCUCUUGCACUCGACCAUGCGUGUGUGACCUCCGUGUGUUUACGUAGCUGUAGCUGUGCAGUACAUUACAUGCACAUGUAUGAGUAGUGACCCGGCAGACAGAUCUGUGUGGUUGGUGAGUUUUAAGAUAAUAUGCACCUCAGUAUUAAG